UGUUCCAGGCCUGGAAAAUAUGGAGCACUUUUAAUAUAAAAUAAACAGCUUAAGAUUUAGUGUUUUUAAUGAAACAUGCAAACGUGAGGCCCGGCACAAAGACAUAUCUUUUGCAUUAUGAUAUGAUAUGUCAUAUGCAGGUAUUGUCGUUCAGACAAGUGAGAUAAUAAUUGAAUGUAACGGAACUGAAAACAACCUAAGUAAUCAAAUCAAAAGCGUCCGUCUUUUAAGCGCUUUACCGCGACCGCGUCUGACCUCCAGUCACUUUUAAAGGGCUUUGAGUUAAAGGCGCCGUCUUGUCCGCUUCGUUCGUGGAAACGGGCCGCUGCGAGAAGGAGGUGAAGGAAAGAAGAGUGAAGAAAACGUCACUGUGUGUCAUUCCAACUUUUUGUGACGGCACACUGGCCGGGGGGGGGGGCGAUGUGCACCUCUCCCAGGGAGGGCCGAGCGUCGCCUUGUGUGAGAGAGAGAGAGAGACAGAGAGAGACAGAGACCCCCCACCACCACUCGCGGUAGAAAUUUCCGCUUCCUGUUUCGACAAACGCCAAAGUCCUGGGGAAAUUGCGAGCUUUUUGUGUGUGUUUUCUGCGGGGAGGCGAGUGUCGUGUGACCGCCCACUGUGGGUGGGGUGUGUGUGUGUGUACGCGUGACUGAGCGACACCGAGUUCCGUCAACAGCAGCGCGCAGCGCCUUCCGCGCACCCACCGGAUUAGCGCUUAGCGACGCGCCGCAGCCUUUCCGGGGAGGCGCUGUGCUGCGAGACGCGGAACCAAGAAGAAGAAGCGGAGCGAGUGAAAAAGAAGAGCAAUACACAGUAAACGAGGGGAGGAGGAAGAAGGGAAGAAGGGAAGGACGAAGGAGGACGAGCGCGGCUGCCUUAACGCCCAAGUCGUGUGCGGACCUCCAGCCCCAGCAGCAGCGUGAUGUCGGAGCGAGGAGGAGCAGGAGGAGCAGGAGGGCUCCCCCGGAGCGGAGGCUCUCCGUCCCCGCACAUGCAGCCGCCGAAGCCGGCGGUGGCGAUUCCGUCGAACCGCCCGGUGCAGAUGAACCUGUACGCGACGUGGGAGGUGGACCGCUCGUCGCCGAGCUGCGUGCCCAGGCUCUUCAGUCUGACGCUUAAGAAGCUGGUUAUGCUGAAGGAGCUGGACAAAGACCUGACGUCAGUUGUUAUUGCCGUCAAGCUUCAGGGAUCGAAGCGCAUCCUGCGGUCCAACGAGAUCCUUCUGUCUUCAUCUGGGCCGACGGAGACAGACCUGCAGCUCACCUUCUCUUUACAGUACCCUCACUUUCUCAAGAGAGAUGCCAACAAAUUGCAGAUCAUGCUGCAACGUCGCAAGAGAUACAAGAACCGUACCAUCUUGGGCUACAAGACUCUUGCGCUGGGCUUGAUCAAUAUGGCGGAGGUGAUGCAGCACCCUAGCGAGGGGGAUCAGGUGCUGGGGCUUCACAGCAACGUGAAGGACGCUGCUGUCCCUGUGGCCGAGAUCCGGGUGUACUCCCUGUCCAGCCAACCCAUUGACCAUGAGGGGCCCAAGGCCAAAAUGUCCGAUCGAUCUCCAGACAUUGAUAACUACUCCGAGGAAGAAGAGGAGAGCUUCUCUUCUGAACAGGAGGGCAGCGAUGACCCUGUCCACGGCGGUGCGUACCUAUUUGAGGAAGAUGACGAGGUGAGGAAGAAGAAGCCGCGACGCAAGCUCGCCUCGGCCACUUCCAUCGCCCGAGUUAACCAACCAAAUAUCAAGCAAAAGUUUGUCGCCCUGCUGAAGAGGUUUAAGGUUUCAGAUGAGGUGGGUUUCCGCCUGGAGCAUGUGUCCCGGGAGCAGAUCCAGGAUGUUGAGGAGGACCUGGAUGAGCUCUACGACAGCCUGGAGAUGUACAACCCCAGCGACAGCGGGCCGGAGAUGGAGGAGACGGAGAGCAUCCUCAGCACUCCCAAGCCCAAGCUUAAACCCUUCUUUGAGGGAAUGUCCCAGUCCAGCUCCCAGACUGAGUUCGGAAGCCUCAACAGCAAGGGAAGCCUGAGCAGAGACAACUUCAGUCCCGGAGAACACCCCCCGUCGGAAAAGAUGAAGCGCUCCCGCAGUCGCAACAUGGAGGAGGCCCUCUCUGAGACAGACACCCUGGAGCUGAACGAGCAGGAGGUGUUCGGAGAAGUGGGUCCGUGUAUCACUGUCUCGGUCCCCGAGAAGCCGAGAACCCCAAUGAAGAGCGGGAAGAGCGAGUAUCAGAGCAUGCCCUCCCCCAGGUUGGAUGGCGGCCACACGCCCAGGCAGAAGCGCGGCACCCCUAUGAAGGAGAGGCAGAUCUCGAAGCCCCUCAGCGAGAGGACCAACAGCUCCGACAGCGAGCGGUCGCCUGAACUCGGACACCCGACGCAGGCGCAGGCGCCAAGGAGGGCCAUGUAUGACCAGCUGAAUCAGGUCCUUGUGUCGGACGCGGCCCUCCCCGAGAGCCUGAUCCUGGUCAAUGGCGGCGACUGGCAGGGGCAGUAUGUCGGGGAGCUCCUGCAGUCUCAGAAACAGCCAGUGGUGUCCACCUGCUCCACGGCCGAAAUCCAGGCUGUCCUCUCCGCCGUCUUGACGCGUAUCCAGAAAUUCUGUAACUGUAACUCCUCCAUGCCGAGGCCGGUGAAGGUGGCAGUGGUCGGGGGGCAGAGCUACCUGGGCGCCAUCCUGCGCUUUUUUGUUUCCCAGCUGGCGAACAAGACGUCCGACUGGCUCGGCCACAUCAGGUUCCUGGUGGUCCCGUUAGGCUCGCAUCCCGUAGCCAAGCACCUGGCUGCCCUUGACAACCGCUAUGGCUCCGCCUUCCUGGACACCGCAUGGAGGGACCUGUUCAGCCGCUCCGAACCGCCACAGACCGAGGUGCUGGACGUGACGGGCCGCAUCGCCCAGUAUAUCGGUGGAGCUGCUGUCACCCACCAGCUGCCCAUCGCAGAGGCCAUGCUGACAUGCAAGCACAGACUGAAUGAUGAAGAUUCCUACCAGAAAUUUAUUCCUUUUGUUGGGGUGGUGAAGGUGGGACUGAUCGAACACAGCCCAGCAUCUGCAGGCGGAGACACAGAAGAAACUCUGGCGCUCAGCUUGGCUGUGCCCUCCACUUCUCCACCGGCUCAUGGCUCCCCCACAUCAGGGAUCAAGGAUGUGGCCACACCCCCCUCUUCACCCUCCAUGAGCAGUGGAUUACCAGUGCUGGGGAGCCCCAGCAUGUCCCACGGGGUGGAUGCCAUCGGGCUCCAGGUGGACUACUGGGUAGCCCCAGGGGCUGAGAAGCGGCGGGAGGGCGAGAGGCGCGACACCGGCUCCAAGAACACCCUGAAAAGCGCUUUCCGCUCCCUCCAGGUGAGCCGGCUCCCGGGAGGAGGUUCCGGCGAAGGCCAGCCCCAGGCUAACACCAUGGCUAUGACUGUGGUAACCAAGGAGAAGAACAAGAAAGUGCCAACUAUUUUCUUGGGGAAGAAGCCCAAGGAGAAAGACGUGGACUCCAAGAGCCAGGUUAUUGAGGGCAUCACCAGGCUCAUCUGUUCUGCCAAGCAGCAGCAGACCAUCCUGAAAGUUUCCAUAGAUGGAGUAGAGUGGAAUGACAUCAAGUUCUUCCAGCUGGCAGCUCAGUGGCCCACGCACGUGAAGUACCUUCCAGUUGGACUCUUUGGCUAUACAAAGGCCUCCUCUUAGGACCGGCGCUUGUGAUGCGUUUGCCAAGCGACGGCCACCCAUAGCACACAGUCCCUGCCGCGCAGUGCUUCCCGGACGCUUCCCGGACGCCCUGCUAGCCACCGAGAACCAACCAGGAGGGCGGGCCUCUCCGUUCUUUUCUGCUCACUUUUGAGGUUUGAUCCUUUGUUUGUGUGUUUUUCUUUUUCGACAGGCGUGCGUUACGCUGGCUAGCAGGCGAUCUCUGGGUGUCGCAGUGUAGGUGGUCACAUGGGGGACCGAGCAAGUGUAGCACAAUAGAAGACGAGUACUGCUAUACAUCAUCGUCAGCGAAAUAAAUGUGACAUUGGACUGCUUCAGCAAUCAUCAUAUGGUGAAUCCUUCUUAUUUGUUCAUGCAAAAAGAACUAUGCGCACUACAGACGAGUUUAGAGCGAAGCCCCGGAGGAAAGGAGUGACGCGGUCGGUGACGUCCUAAAACCCCCUCUUCCCAGCGAAAAGCUCAAUCAGCGGGGCUUUUUUUGGUCAAGUUCUCCGAGUUCUAGUGUAUCUUUAUAUAUAUAUAUAUAUUUAAUAUAUAUUUUUUUUAGUCAGUAGUAGAAAACCCUACAUGUUACCUGUUUGUGAGCUGUAUCACGGUUGUUGAGCUGUCGGUAAAUGUAUUUGGAUUUAUUUUUUAAAUACGUAUUAGCCAUGUGCUUUACUGCUGGUCGCCACAUUAGUGUGUUUUUUUUUUUUUUUCUUUUUUUUAAAUAUUCCUCUGAAAUAUCAAGAUGGAGAGCAGCAUAUGCGCAUCUUGCCACAACAAAGUGGACAAGGGUUUCAGUUUUAGUGAGUUUAUAUCCUGUAAUCUUGAGACAAAGACAAAUUGCCUUAAAGACGAGGCAUCCUUAGUAGUACUUAAUAAAUAAUGUUCCCGCUGAGGUCAUCAGAGGACACUUGCUAGGGACCAAAGAGCUGUUUUUGGGCAGGGGUGACUCGCAUUUAAAAGGGUAUAUAGCAAAAAAGUUUGGAAAUGCUUGAGCUUUGUGUUUUUUUUUUUUUUUUUUUUUUCUUUUCCUUCUCCUUUCCAGUUGCUAUUACACAUUUUGGGCUCAUCUUUUAUUUUUUUUUUUUUUUUAUACAGCAAAUAAGAUUUGGUGUUAGUUUUUUAGCUAUUGCCUUGGCUGCUGUUUCUGCUAUGCACUUAAUUAUUCGAUGGCAUUUUAGUAUUUCGUGUGAAGCAGAAACCAGCUACCUGUAUCGCAUAGGCAGCCGUUCAUGGCGUAAUCGUGAAAGCCGUUUAAUGGAUAGUCAGUAACCGGGAACUAAUGCAUGGGUUCUCUAAUGUGGUUUUUAAAAUCGGUGUAAAAGUUGUGCCAUCUCACCCACUCUGUACAGUGACUGUUCAGUGAGGAGGAGUUUAGCGUGUGUUUGACGCAGGAGGGAUUUACCGUACAGCGGCGAAAAGCUGCGUGGGCGGCGCGGUAAAUUCGGUCGGCUUUCGGAGAGAGGACGUGUUUUUCGGUGCUGUGCUCGCACUAAGGGUGUCGCUGUGCAGUCACUGCUUCGCGGCAGUGUCCGGUGUGUCCGGUGUGUCCUCGUGGUCUCCAGCUGGAGCUCACGCUCUGAGAUGGGUAAUCCAGAGGAAGGCAGUAUUGACACAGGUAAUGCCUACAUUGGUGUAAAACAGUGUGCUCAGUUUUAAAUGACAUGACAUUAUGACUUGUGCCAAAGCACACCAACAGGAGUGUGUUUCCUGCAGCUAACUCUGUGUAAUAUAGACAUGCUGUACGUAGUGCCGUGUGCUGUACAGUCCUAUCAGGCAUUCUGCAAGAGCGGAGAAAUGGUGUCCGUGUCGCUCACGAGUUGAGUCUUAUUUCAUGUCUUUGUAAAAUAAGUAAUAAAAUGUGACCUUUCUCCACAAUGAAUCACUGUAGUUGCAUCAGAACAAUUGCGCAGGUUAAUUAAUUUUUAUGCUAUAUUGUAUCUUGCUCUUCUCAUUCUCUAGGUGCCUAAAACGUAUCCGUUACAGACAGCAGUUACCUUAACAGGAAUCCUCCGUCUGAUUGGUUGAACACAUUUUGGAAGAAGCCUCAUUGUAUAGGUCAGUUUGUUCAAUAGCUCUUCUGCAGGGUUCGCCACGCUGGACCCUGUCUGUUGCCCAGAAGCCCUGCGGUGAUGGGUGUCCCUCGCCACCCUCUCUGAAAACGUCCCCGGCGCCGACUUUUGUCGGCUUGACACUCUUGCUCUCGUCUCCCGUCCACUGAAGGCGUUUCUCCGCACUGCUCAAAUGUUCUUUACAGCCCCACCCAUAGUGUCGGUCAUGCCUUUAAUUGCAUUGUUCUUCUCGUGACUAAGGCAGGACCUGCUAGGUACACGUACCGUGGUGGAAACGUUAUUGUGGAACCACGGUGUCCAACAGCUCUCUCCGUAUAUCCACCUAUCGCGUUUGAAACCCAGGUGAGAUUACCGUUCGUCUUGGGAUUUGACGAGCUUGGUGUGGCUGCAGAAGGGUGAAGGGUGUUGAGUUUUUGCUACUGAGCGACAAGCGGGAAGUGGAUCAGUCUGAUUACGAUGGAGGUUAUAUUCCUAGAAAUAUUAAAUGUUUUUAAUGUUUUUGAUAAGAAAACAACUGAAUGUGUCUUUAUUAUAACAUUGUGCACAUACCCUAUGUUUUAUAGAGACGUGUCUCAUUGUAUCGUAGAGUAGCUAGUUUGUCUUUUUCCCUUUACAAACGCUCCUCUAUAAACACCUGUCUUUGUGGGUCAGACUUUGUUCCUCUUCCGGAAUUUGAGUUCAUAAAGUUGUUUCUCCAUCCAGCCGUCGUGUGUGUUUGUUACAUUAAGAGAACUUUACCCACAGCAGAGUAACUUUAUGAAUCGGGUCCACAGUACGAUGCGUGCAGUUACCACGAUAUCGCCUUUCUGAGUUCGACCCCCAUCGCGGGUUAUUGAAAAGCGACGCCGGGCUGGUUACCGGAAACGGAUUACUCUAGUCCUGGAUCAAAAUGGUGUUUGUACCAGAGUCCUCGAUGACAAAGCAGUUUAGUCCAAGACUGGGCUCCGUCUUUAACGGGAAAAGCAGCCCCUUUAGUAUUGAAACCGAUGACUUUCUUUGGAGACACUUGAGCUUUUGGUUGUGAACAAGAAACCUGACCUGUUGGCAGUGUUGUAUAAAGUAUUAAUGAAGGCUUGUUAAUGUGGGGCAAGUAUUCUGAAAAUGCUCUUUCUCCACUCGCACUCAUCAGUGUUUUCCUAAGAGUACAGCAGUGAUGCCUAAAUAUUGUCAAAUGAAAGAAAUGCUUGUACAAGUAUAGCUUUGUUAUUCUUUUCCUCAUUAAAAAGUUGACCCAUUUGUGCUAUUGUCCAAUGGUUAAGACUAAGUAAAGUAUUAAUUUGUAGCGUGUUGUGUGUUUUCUUCGUCACUAUGCACCACCCCCAUGGCCAAAACACCCUCAAAAAAGGGCAAAAUGAGUUUUUUUUUUUUUUUUUUUGUCUGGAGACAUUACGUGGUACAGAACUAGAUAGAAAUGUUUUUCCUUGUGUGUCCUGUCCUCUGCCAGGAGAGGGAACCGAUGAUCUGCUGCUUCUGCUGUUUGGUCUCAGUCCUGAGUUUCCUGCUGCCAUUCAGAACACAG